GACCCUGACAUCCCAAUGGGGUCUCUGUGCGGCUCUUUCCUACCCUUCCUCACUCGUCUUUCUGUCCUCCUUUCUCCUCACCCUCCCUUUCCCCAAGCAGGCCAGCUGAGCUGCAUUUCCUUCCCAGCUAAGGAAGAGAAGUACCUCCAGCAGAUUGUGGACUGCCUCCCCUGCAUCUUGAUCCUCGGCCAGGACUGUAAUGUCAAGUGUCAGCUAUUGAACCUGCUAUUGGGGGUGCAGGUGCUUCCUACCGCCAAGCUGGGCAGUGAGGAGAGCUGUAAGCUUCGGCGCCUCCGCUUCACCUAUGGGACUCAGACUCGGGUCAGCCUGGCGCUUCCCGGCCAGUAUGAACUAGUCCACACGCUGGUUGCUCACCAGGGCACCUGGGAGACCAUCCCUGAGGAGGACCUGGAGGUCCAAGAGGACAGCGAGGACGCUGCCCAUGUUUUAGCCGAACUGGAAGUGACGAUGCACCACACUCUCCUACAGGAAGUGGACAUUGUGGUGGCACCAUGGCAAGGCCUCCGGCCCACAGUGGAUGUCCUGGGUGACUUGGUGACUGAUUUCUUGCCUGUGAUAACCUAUGCACUUCACAAAGAUGAACUGUCUGAGACGGAGGAGCGAGAGCUUCAGGAAAUCCGAAAGUAUUUCUCCUUUCCCAUAUUCUUUUUCAAAGUGCCGAAGCUGGGCUCAGAGAUAAUUGACUCCUCUACCAGAAGAAUGGAGAGUGAAAGAUCGCCACUUCAUCGCCAGCUAAUUGACCUGGGCUAUCUGAGCAUCAGUCACUGUAACUGGGGGGCCCCCGGCCAGGACCCUAAGGCUCAGAGCAUGUUGGUGGAACAAAGUGAGAAAUUAAGACACUUGAGCACCUUUUGUCACCAGGUGCUUCAGGCUCGCCUGGUGGACGCAGCCAGGGCCCUGAACCUGGUGCAUUGCUGCUGCCUCGACAUCUGUAUUAACCAGGCCUUUGACAUGCAGCGGGACCUGCAGAUUACUCCCAAACGCCUGGAAUAUACGCGGAAAAUGGAGAAUGAGUUGUAUGAAUCCCUGAUGAAUAUUGCCAACCGAAAGCAGGAGGAAAUGAAGGACAUGAUUGUUGAGACGCUGAACACCAUGAAGGAGCAGCUGCUGGAGGAUGCUGCCAACAUGGAGUUUAAAGAUGUCAUUGUCCCUGACAAUGGGGAACCAGUGGGCACCAGAGAGAUCAAAUGUUGCAUCCGAGAGAUCCAGGAACUCAUCAUCUCCCGGCUGAAUCAGGCGGUAGCUAACAAGCUGAUCAGCUCUGUGGAUUACCUACGUGAGAGCUUUGUUGGAACCCUGGAACGGUGUCUGCAGAGCCUAGAGAAGUCUCAGGAUGUCUCAGUUCACAUCACCAGUAAUAAUCUCAAACAGAUCUUAAAUGCCGCCUAUCAUGUCGAAGUCACAUUUCACUCAGGGUCCUCAGUUACAAGGAUGCUGUGGGAGCAAAUCAAACAGCUGGAAGCUGGCCACUCAGGCCGGUUGGAGAAAACCGAAGAUCUGUGGCUGAAGGUUAGGAAAGACCAUGCCCCCCGCCUGGCCCGCCUUUCUCUGGAGAGCCGUUCUUUACAGGAUGUCUUGCUGCAUCGUAAACCUAAACUGGGACAGGAACUGGGCCGGGGCCAGUAUGGUGUGGUGUACCUGUGUGACAACUGGGGGGGACACUUCCCUUGUGCCCUCAAGUCGGUUGUUCCUCCAGAUGAGAAGCACUGGAAUGACCUGGCUUUGGAGUUUCACUACAUGAGGUCUCUGCCAAAGCAUGAGCGACUGGUGGAUCUCCAUGGUUCUGUCAUCGACUACAACUACGGCGGUGGCUCCAGCAUUGCCGUGCUGCUCAUUAUGGAGCGGCUACACCGCGACCUGUACACUGGGCUGAAGGUGAGGCGAGGCGAGGGCAGAGUGAGAUCCACCGGCAGCAGAUCCGCAGCUCCCUUCCUGGCCUGUCAUCCUUUCUUUUUUUUUAAAAGAUUUCUGGACAAGCAGAACCGUGCCAAGAUCACUGACUUGGGAUUCUGCAAGCCAGAGGCCAUGAUGUCAGGCAGCAUUGUGGGGACACCCAUCCAUAUGGCCCCUGAACUUUUCACAGGGAAGUAUGAUAAUUCCGUGGACGUCUACGCUUUUGGCAUUCUUUUCUGGUAUAUCUGCUCAGGCUCUGUCAAGCUCCCUGAGGCAUUUGAGAGGUGUGCCAGCAAAGACCAUCUCUGGAACAACGUGCGGAGAGGGGUCCGCCCAGAACGUCUUCCUGUGUUUGAUGAGGAGUGCUGGCAGCUGAUGGAAGCCUGUUGGGAUGGCGACCCCUCUCAGAGACCUCUCUUGGGCAUUGUCCAGCCCAUGCUCCAGGGCAUCAUGGAUCGGCUAUGCAAGGCAAAUUCUGAGCAGCCCAACAGAGGACUGGAUGAUUCUACUUGAAAGCAAAGACCUUUCUCUUUCACUCUCUUAUUUCUUUCCUUCCCCUUACCUUUUGGCCUUGGGAAGAAUUUGACUGUUGUUCAUUAUGGAGAGCUUCCGAGGGAAUAGAUGCUUGCUGGGCACCUUGAGACCUCCCUGGGCAGAGAUGACUCCUGGAUGGCUGAGCAUAUUCAGCAGUUCACUGAUGCCCCAAGCUAUCCCUUUAGCAAAAGAUUGUCUAGGACAUUGGUAAAAGCUGGAGGAGGCAACAUUCUGGCCUCAGAACUGAAACAGAGGCAAAUGUUACCAUUGUCUGUUCACUGUAUGUUUAUAAGACAAGUGGGACACUACAGUGGCAAUAGUAUUAAAAACUAUAAUUUUAAUAAUUUUGGUUCUAGCUAGGAAUAAUUUGGUUCUGUCCAAUCAUCAGGACCCUUUGAAAAUUUGAGCUUAGUUCUGGGACUGUGAAGACAUAGGAGCAAAAAAAUAACUUGUGGAUACCUGGUUCCUGCUGUCUGCACCCAGAGAUAUCAGGUUGCAACAGCCAGAGACCCCAGUGAUAAAGCUAGAAACAAAGCUAUCUUCCUUACAGUGCCAGUGCGUUUACAUUUAUAGGACCACAUGGCC